AUGAGCAAAUUUACUACUUUUACUGCCAUCGCUGCCACUGCUAUUGUUGGAUAUGCUGUCUAUUUUGAUUAUAACAGAAGAAACAAUUCAUCAUUCAGAAAGUCCUUAAAAAAGAAAUCAUUAAAACAUGAAAAGAUUGCAGCAAAAAUCGAAGAAGACUCCAAAAAAUCAAAAUUAGAAACUAUAAAGAAAGCUUUGAUUGAAGAUUUAGAACAAAAUCCAAUCCCAACUGAAUUAUCUCAAAAAGAAGAAUUUUUCAUGAAACAAGUUGCUGCAGGUGAACAAUUAGCUUUACAACCAACUAAAAAAGUUGAAGCUGCUAUUUGUUUCUAUAAAGCUUUAGUUGUUUAUCCAAAUCCUACUGAUAUCUUAGGAGUUUAUCAAAAGUCUGUUCCAGAAGAUAUUUAUGAAAUGGUUAUCAUGAUGAUCGCUGUUAAACCUCCAGCAGCUGUUACUAAUAUCUUGGGUGGUCAACCAAAACCUACUCAACCUGAUUUAGAUUAA